CUCUCUCUCUCUUUUCCUCUGUACAGGAGUGUCUUACAUCAGCCCAGUGAGUCCUGGUUUGAGGGGGAUUGACGGUCAGAGAAGGGAGCGAGAGGGACUUGGGUUUGUAACAUCCAGCCGUCUGACUCUCACUGGGAUAAUCUGAAACCAUCUGUGAACAAAUGGUCUGAAAGGGGAGAAAAGAAAACAUUACGUUGGAAGCCUGUCUCUGUGCAUGUGUUUGGGAUGAAGCACCUGUGGGACACUCACCUCCUCCUCCUCCUCCUCGGUCUGUUCCAAACUGUCACGUCGCAGGUCAACCCAGGUGUGUGUCGUUAUGCUCUGGGCAUGUCAGGUGGGCAGAUCCAGGACGAGGACAUUUCUGCCUCCAGCCAGUGGUCUGAGUCCACCGCUGCUAGAUACGGCAGGUUGGACUUUGAGGAGGGCGACGGAGCGUGGUGUCCAGAAAUAACAUUUGAGACAGACAACCUGAAGGAGUUCCUUCAGAUUGACCUGCGCUCGCUCCACUUCAUCACCCUCGUGGGCACCCAGGGUCGACACGCAGGAGGCAUGGGGAACGAGUUUGCACAGAUGUACAAAAUUAAGUACAGCCGUGAUGGAAGUCGCUGGAUCUCAUGGAGAAACAGACAAGGCAAACAGGUGAUUGAGGGAAAUAGAAACGCCUAUGACAUUGUACUCAAGGAUUUGGAGCCGCCCAUCAUCGCUCGCUAUGUCCGCUUCAUGCCCGUCACAGAUAACUCCAUGAACGUCUGCAUGAGAGUUGAGCUCUACGGCUGUGAAUGGCUGGAUGGUCUUGUAUCAUACAACGCUCCAGUGGGAGAACAGAUGUCCUUGCCCACUUACCCCGUUUAUCUCAACGACACCGUCUACGACGGCGCCAUCAUCCACAGUAUGACAGAGGGUUUGGGUCAGCUGACUGAUGGCGUAUGUGGUCUGGACGAUUUCACGCUCAGCCAUGUUUACAACGUGUGGCCUGGCUACGACUACGUCGGCUGGAACAAUGAAAGUUUCCCCAGUGGAUAUGUGGAGGUCAUGUUUGAGUUUGACCGCACGAGAAACUUCACCACCAUGAAGGUCCACUGCAACAACAUGUUUUCCCGCCAUGUGAAGACCUUCCGUCAGGUGGUGUGUUACUUCCGUUCUGAGGCAGACUGGGAGGCCACGCCGCUCUCCUUCAGCUCUGUGGUGGACGAGAAGAAUCCCAGCGCUCGCUUUGUCACUGUCAACUUAGCCAAUCACAUGGCCAGUGCCAUCAAAUGCCAGUUCUACUUUGCUGAUGCCUGGCUGUUGUUCAGUGAGAUCACCUUCCAGUCAGACACGGCCAUGUACAACACAACUCUGGCUCCGCCCAAGACUGGACUGGACAACACACCACCUGAUGAGGAUCCCACCCACAAAGUAGAUGACAGCAACACCCGAAUUUUGAUUGGUUGCCUUGUCGCCAUCAUCUUCAUCCUUGUGGCCAUCAUUGUCAUCAUCCUGUGGAGACAAGUGUGGCAGAAGAUGCUGGAGAAGGCCACUCGUCGGAUGCUGGAUGAUGAACUAACUGCUAGUUUGUCAAUACAGAGCGAGACGUUCGCCUACAACCACAACCAGUCGAGUACGACCAGCGAACAGGAGUCUAGCUCCACGUAUGAGCGAAUCUUCCCCCUCGGUCCAGACUACCAGGAGCCCUCACGCCUCAUAUGUAAGCUCCCGGAGUUUGCACAGAGCUCAGAGGAGCCUGCUUCUACCAGCACAGCAGCAUCUAAAUCCACCACAACCAGUGUGGCCCAGGACGGCGUUCCUCAUUACGCCGAGGCAGACAUAGUAAACCUGCAAGGUGUGACGGGGAGCAACACGUACGCCAUCCCUGCAGUGACCAUGGACCUAUUAUCAGGGAAGGAUGUUGCAGUGGAGGAGUUUCCAAGGAAACUGCUGACUUUCAAAGAGAAGCUCGGGGAGGGUCAGUUUGGAGAGGUGCACCUGUGUGAAGCACAGGGGAUGCAGGAGUUCAUGAAUAAAGAGUUUUUAUUUGACACCUCUGAGGACUUGCCAGUUUUAGUGGCUGUGAAGAUGCUUCGCUCGGAUGCCAACAAAAAUGCCAGGAAUGACUUCCUGAAAGAGAUAAAGAUCAUGUCGCGUCUAAAGGACCCGAACAUCAUUCGCCUCCUGGCGGUGUGCAUCCACAGCGACCCGCUCUGUAUGAUCACAGAGUACAUGGAGAACGGAGAUCUCAAUCAGUUUCUGUCCCGUCAUGAACCUGAGGGACAACUCGCUCUGCUCAGCAACGCACCCACUGUCAGCUUUGAUAAUCUGUGCUACAUGGCCACUCAGAUAGCAUCGGGGAUGAAGUACCUCUCAUCCCUAAACUUUGUGCAUCGAGACUUGGCCACACGGAAUUGCCUGGUGGGCAAAAAGUACACGAUAAAGAUAGCAGACUUUGGAAUGAGCAGAAACCUGUACAGUGGGGACUACUACCGCAUCCAGGGCAGAGCGGUGCUGCCGAUACGCUGGAUGUCAUGGGAGAGCAUCCUGCUGGGUAAAUUCACCACAGCUAGCGACGUGUGGGCUUUUGGAGUGACUCUGUGGGAGAUUUUAAACUUCUGCAAAGAACAACCGUACUCUCAGCUCACUGAUGAGCAGGUGAUAGAGAACACAGGGGAGUUUUUCAGGGACCAGAAAAGACAGAUCUACUUGCCUCAGCCUGUGCUGUGUCCAGACUCACUCUACAAGAUCAUGCUGAGCUGCUGGAAGAGGAACACGAAAGAGCGGCUGUCCUUCCAGGAAAUAAACCAAGCCCUCCUGGAUAUACAGCCUUAAGCUGGGACUGCGUUUAAGACAGUGAUUCCCCAGUCUGCUCUGCUCAUCUCUGGAAGAAAUGGUGCUUGACUUAAGUGGCAGAAACACUCCAUGUUUAAGCUAUUUCAUUUCAGUGCAGGAAAAAAUAAAAGUGAACUCCACCUGAGAGCCACAAGCUACAGUUUGGGAAGCAUGGACUUAAUGCACCACAAACUGGACGUGCUUCUCAGAGUCAAGGAAGGAUCCUCGGUUGAAUUUCAAGGGUGUUACGUCAUUGGAUCCCGUCGAAGGAUUGUACCAAUGUGCAGGAUCCUUCAAAUUCUACGAAAGACUGAGCAAAUUUACAAGGAUGCACAUUGUGUAUCCUCAGCGCAGUGGAAAAGAACCCACAGCCACGUCUAUUUCCAGGCUUUAGCUACUGGCAAACAACCGUUCACUGUCAUCCUUUCCCCAGGGCGUCAGGGAAAGUAUUUCUCAUUUAUAUAAUAAGCUUCUGCUUCCAAACGUGAAAUGCAUGCUCUGGCUGGUUUGUCCUUUCAGGCCACCAUAGAAACGUAGUGGUGCAUGGUGGUGCGGCCUCCUUUGCCUAAAUGACAUAGAAAAAGGCUCAGUGAGGCUACGAAAACCAAUCAGUCUGUGUUUUAAGGUGAUUGUACACUUUAUAUUAGUAGUUAUCAGAAAAUACAGUUCAUACAAAAUAUAAGAAAUAAACAGUUUGCACAACUCUAACUUUUUUUUCAUUGACGCAGCGACAUGCACUUGGUAGCCUGAUUCAAUAAUGCAUUCUCAAGAGUGUUGCCUGGUCCCUGUAGGACCUGACACGGAAGGAUCCUCUCUUUCCAGGAAGGAUCCUUGACUAUGAGAAGCACACAUGAGCUAACAGAGACCUUUGUGUGUUUGUCAGUUUAGCUCAAUUAUGUUGUCUAAAACGUCAUAGACCCACAGGUGCUCUGUUUUAUACUACACAACACAAACACUGUUGUGACACGUGCUGUGGAAGCGAACAUUCAAUGUAGCAAGUGACAUCUGACACUUUGGAGGAUAUGUUUUGUUUUCAUUAGUCAAACCUGCCAUGUUAGUGUGUUUGAUGACAAACAUUGUUGCAGAGCAUGCUCGUGUUUGCAUGUGGAGGACUGCUUGAAUGUCGGGGGGGAAGAGUGCAGCAAACUAUGACUGUUACAUUUGGUUCUAUUUCAAGUUUUUCAUCUCCCUGCAGUUUCCCGUUCAUGUAUAUGACUGUGUAUAUUCAGUAGAUAAGUAUCAAUAUUUUGCUAUUUCAUAUUUAUAUGUUCAUCUGUGUGUGUUCUGUGUAUGUGUCUGUGCCUCUUAGAUGGCGUGUCGAUUCACUCAUUUUAGUUUUACGCACUAAACAAAUCAGGAGUGCAGGCUGUAUUUGUGCUGUGUUGGCUGACAGUUUGUUUACAGGCCAUAUCACUGAAAAGAUGACACGUGUUGUGGAUGUUGAACCAGCUCAGGAGACAGUAAAAAAAAGGUUUUUUUGAAUCAGGAUAGAAGAAGAAAUGGGAAUGUUGACUUCAGAUAUUUAGUUUGACUGCUAAAAGACAGAUGUCACAGGUUUGUAAUAAACAGGGCCAAUUAUUGGAUUCAGACUAGGGCUGAACGAUUUUGAAUACAUAUUUCAUUGAGAUUAUAUCAGAGGUAAUGGUCGGUUCAUUCGAAAAACAUAUUUAAAAUUAUCAUUGUGUGAUAUUUGUGCUCUCUCUAGUCUGUAGAAUAAGAUGUGUAUAGAUCGAGACAAUAAUUCAUCUAUAAUAAUGAUAUAAAUGACACACAUUUGGCUUUAAAAUAAAUAAAUAUUGCGCCUCUUGCAAUUUGAAAACUGCUGUAGGCCGUAUUGCGAUUACAAUAAAAUUCCGAUUAAUUGUUCAGCCCUAAUUCAGACCAAGAGGAAUGUAGUAGCAGGUCCUUUGUUGUUGCCACAGGGAAACAACAUUUCAGAGAGUAACAAAAUGACAACACAAACGAACAGCUGACCUACCCGUCUGUCACUGACUGACCCGCCAUGCUGCCCCCACCCUGCCUUUGCUCUCGCUGUUCAUGAGUCUUUGAUAACCAGAGGUAAGAAAGUGAUGCCACUGUCAUUCAACCACAUUCAUUCAUCUAUGGAAUCAGUUAUCAGCACUCAAUUUGCUUUAUUAUCAUUGUAUGUGUGAUACUCUCCUUGUCCUUUCUCUUUGUUUUUCCAUUAGGGAUAAUGCGUUCUGUAUUUUACUCUCACUUAAUUGGUUGAACUUUCAUUCUGCAUACCACUGUUUCAGCGACAACAGCUGUAUUUACAGGUUCUUAUCAGAGGCUUACCACUCACACAUUGACGACACUUGAGUCCUUGAGACAAAUAAAUCUUGUACAAAUCUGCUA